GGAUAUAUUUAUGUAGCCCCGGGGGCUUUUAUUCUUUACAAGUUACGCUGCAAAUCGGGCCAGAUAAUGAUUUCAAAUGAAACAAAUUGUCAUUUCUUAACUUGGGGAACCUGAACAAAAUUUCAUUGCGGCGUGGAGCGGUUGGGAUUUUCGAUUGAGCAAUGAUAAUGAUAUCCGCAUCUCGCCUUCAUUCUUUUAGGGGAAGCUUUCACUCUCCUGCUUGUUUAACAAGUUCAUCCAAUACACGCUUAAAUAAUACUCCAUUUUCCCCGCGUUCUUCCCGACGACAUGUUUUCAAAGGAAUGCUUUCUACUCCUACAUUAUAUUCAGUUCCCAGGAAUAAGCUUCACUGCCAAUUGUAUGCCCGAUGCUUCAAAGAUUUGGGAAGAGACAUAGGUCCUACAGGAAUUGAGAAUCUAAUAUUUGAUGAGCAGUCUUUGGAGAUAGAGCUCAAAAAGGCCAUUGAGGCUGAGAACUAUACACAAGCUGCAAAACUCCGCGAUCAGCUGCGUAUGCUGCAGGAAGAUAACAGAGCAGGUAUUCUUUCAGCUAAUGCAAGGUUUUAUAAAGCAUUUGAAAAGGGUGACUUGAGUGCCAUGCGGAGGAUUUGGUCCAAGGGGGAGGAUGUUCACUGUAUCCAUCCUGGAGCUGGCUGUAUUUCUGGCUAUGAUCUUGUAAUGCAAAGCUGGGAAUUGACUCUGGGUCCUGAACUAGAUCUUCCUCUUCAAAUUGAUAUACAAAAUGUGGAAGUACACAUUAAAGGAAACCUUGGUUUUCUUACCUGUAUGGAGCUUGUUCGAACUAGUGGUGAUAACUGGGGCAAACAAGUGGCUACAAAUAUUUUUGAAAAGGUGGAUAGAAACUGGUACAUUUGUCUUCAUCAUGCGUCACAUAUUGCCCCAUAAAAUUGCAAUAAGCUUUUUUACACUUAAGGUUUGUCAAUCUUCAAAUGUUUUUGAGAAGAUGCAUGGAAAUUUGUACACCUGCUCUUGUCAUGCUUCAUAGAUUGGCUGCUAAAAUAUUCCACGUUAUGUAUUGUUAUGGCUGGAUGUUGGGUGUCGAUUAUUGGUCAUUCUUCCCAUUCAUAAUUUUGUCAUUCGUCACUAGUAUUUGUAUUGUGAUUAGUUAUUUCAUGAGAAAAUAACACUAAAGUUAGCGUUUGGAACUAACCACAGUAGCAUGGUCAAUAGAACAACUUAUGUAUAAAUGUACAGAAACUUCUGUGUGCAUAUAAUUUUUGGCAUCUUUCUUUUUAUAUUUGUUUUAGGAACAAUUAUUUCUACAAUUAUGGCUAUCAAGUAGAAAGAUCAUUGUCAUUCCUUGUAUCCAUGGACUUGCUUUAAAGGGUAUAUAUUAGAAUAAUCUAUUCCCUUGAUGGAAAUAACAGAGAGAACUUUAAC